AUGGUUUAUUAUUACAUAUCUAAAAAUGUUAAGAUGUUAAGAAAUAUUAUAAAUGACUACGGCGCUUUAAAAGAAACAUCUCCUUGCGAAUACAUGAAAACAUACAUUGAAAAAUGUCCUGAAACUAUGGAAAAUGCAAAAAUCACUUGGAUUGUUGAAACAUUUUUGAGCAUUCAGAAACAUGCACAAUUCUUUGACGAGCUCAAAACUUAUAUUUCGAAAGAACUGUCAGAAGAAGACCAAGACUAUUUUCUUAUUAUAAUUGACGCAAUUGUUUUUCAUAUCACCCCUAAAGAUACGCCAUUACUUUAUAAAUGUCUAUUUAAUGUAAGUAAGCCGCUGCUAAAAACCUUAACGACUUUGUUAAGUAGUGAUGAAGUUUUAUCAUUUAUAUCGCAAGUAGCUCAAUCUUAUUAUGAUACAAGUUUUAUUACUGAAAACAUAAUUGGACCUUUAUUUACAUGGAAACCUUAUCUGAAAGAUAUGGCGGAUAAGUUUAACCGAUAUGUAUCCAAAAUUGAGAAUCAAAAAAUAAAACAUGCUACUGUACCUGUAUCGCCGAGAGUUUUAAACAGAAAAAUAAAAAAGUCGUUUUUUAAAUCUAUCCAAGAACCAUUGCUAGUUACUCCACCAAAUUCUUCACGCAAGGGAACCAAGAUGCUUACAAAAAGUGUUAUUGAUCAGAAAUUGAAAGAAAUCCACGAUCUUAAUAAACAGAAAGCUUUAUGCCUUUUGAAUACUGUAAAGACGCAAAACUUUCAUUACGCUAAUGUAAAAUCUGAAAAAUUUUAUUCAAAAUUGUCGAGCAUUAAAGAAGAAAUUAAAAGUGAAUAUGACAAUACGCUUCCUAAAUUAAAACCAAAAGUAAAUUUACAUUCAAUACCACCAGUCGUGAAAGAAACAGCAACUACAUUGAAAAGAAUCAACAAAAGAAUACAACUAUCAGAAAAGGAAGAACUUCAGUGGCUUGAAGAUUUAAUGGUUAAUUGUAAAAACACCACUAAAAUCGAGGAGCUUGAAGAAUACGAUCGUCAAGAAAGAGAAAGAGAACGAUUGUUGGAUAUCGAAAGAAAACAUUUAUUAGGUAAAAUAUCUUAUGAAGACGCAGUAAUAGCGAAAAGAAAACUUUAUGAUGAAAAUAAAAAGAAAUAUGACGUUUUUCUAAAAGAAAAACGAUUAUGGGAAGAAGAAAUUGAAAAAUGGAAAAAAAAUGAAAUGAUUAAAAAUCGCAAACAAGUAGAAAAGUUGUCACUCUUAGAACUUGAUAUGCUUCAUGCGAAAAAUAUUAAUAUAGCUAAAAAGAAAGAAAAUGCAGAUAAUAUAAGAAACGAGUCUGAAAAAAUAUUAUCAAAAUCUAUGAAAGAAAAACAGGAAGAAUUAGAACGAAAAAUUAACAUGAUUAGGGAACUGAAGAUUUUAGCAAUGAUUGCCAAAAAAGUUAAAGCUCCCAAGAUAAUCGAUUUAACAGAAUCAUCAGGACUGGGUUUGUUAUGUGAAAUGUCUAUAGCAGAACUACAGGAGAAACUUAAUGUGAUUAAAAUUGAACUUAAGGAAGAGCUUGAUAAAAAGAGAAAAGUUAUAAAAGAACAAAAAGAGGCUGCAAAGAAUGAUUUAGAAGAAACAAAAAAUGCUAUUAAAACCUUUAUGUCUGAACGAGAAGUUAUAAGAAAACAAAAGAAAAAUUCAAAAAAUGUUAUAGAUAUAUCUUCUUCGAAAGAAAUAAAUAACCUCAAAAAAAUUUUGGAAGAAAAGCGAAAUUUAAGAAUUAAACUUACUCUUUGA